GCAGGGUAGGGAGAAUCGGUGGGAGUUAGCUAGCUGUGUAAUGGCGGCUUCGGUGUUGCUUUCUGCGGAGAACACCGGACCGACUUUUGCGGUCGGCAAUUCUGGAGCGGUAGGGGCUCCCGGUAAUGGAGUAGGGGCACCGGGUCCUGCAUCUUGGAAUCGGUCACUGGACAGGGCAUUAGACGAAGCCUCGGCAACUGGUUGUCUCAACCUCAGCGGCAGGAAACUGAAGGAGUUCCCGAGGAGCGCCGCCAACCACGACCUCACAGACACAACUCGGGCCGAUCUGUCCCGUAACCGUCUGCCAGAGCUGCCCGUGGAGGUGUGUACGUUUGUCUCUCUGGAACACCUGAACCUCUACCAGAACUGCCUGCGCUCGCUGCCUGAGAGUCUGCUCAAUCUCCAGGCCCUCACCUACCUGAACAUAAGUCGAAACCAGUUGUUGACCCUGCCCAGCCCGGUGUGUAGUCUGCCGUUGAAAGUCCUGAUCGCCUGUAACAACAAGCUGGUCUCCCUUCCCGAAGAGCUGGGCCAACUACUACAGCUCACAGAACUGGACGUGAGUUGUAAUGAGAUCCAGACACUCCCUCCUCAGGUUGGUCGGCUGGACUCGCUGCGAGACCUCAACAUCCGCCGCAAUCACCUGGCCCGCUUGCCCCCAGAGCUGUCUGAGUUGCCCCUGGUGCGUCUGGACUUCUCUUGUAACAAGGUGACGUCUAUCCCUGUGUGUUACCGCAACCUGCGCCACCUACAGAGCAUCGAGCUGGACAACAACCCACUACAGAACCCACCCGCACAGAUUUGUAUAAAGGGGAUGAUCCAUAUAUUUAAGUACCUGAACAAUGAGGCCAGCAAGACUACGCCUGAGCUCCCAGACUACGACAGGAGACCCCUCCCCUUCGGAUCCUGUGUGGAGGAGCUGUACCCUGGCCGGCCGUACGGAGCGCUGGACUCUGGCUUCAACAGCGUGGACAGUGGAGACAAGAGAUGGUCAGGCAACGAGCCCACGGAUGAGUUGUCGGACCUGCCACUGCGUGUGGCAGAGAUCACCAAAGAACAGAGACAGCGGCGGGAGAGGGAGGAGCAUAGGACGACUGGCUCCCAUCCUGUGACCAAUGGCACAUUAGAGGCAGAGCUGGAGCAGAUAGACUUCAUUGACAGCUGUACAGGAGAGGAGGAGGAGGAGGAGGGUAGGCGAGGAGAAGUAGCAGCAACCAUCAGCCUCAGCUCCCAGUUCAUGGCUUACAUUGAGCGCCGCAUCACCAGAGAGGGCUCUCCAGUCAAGUCCAACUCCUCCAGGGACUCAAGGACAGACGACCCGAGGCAACACAAUUCUCUGCAGAAGAGGACUGCCCAUGAUCCAGCCUCUUCUGCCUCUCAUAAUCAGAGAGGGUCAGGGGCUGGGGUUGGCGCAGGUCCGGGCGGGGCACCGGGUGGGGGCGUUGAGCACGUGCGGAGGAUGGCCCAGUUGGCCGUCCUGCGGUACGAGGAGGAGAGGCAGAAGUCACGCUCAGUGCAGCGGGACGCCGUCAUGACCUACGUCAAGCACAAAGCGUCUCAAAGUCCUACCAAGCUGAGUCCCACAGAGAACGAGAACGCGUACCCCUCCAGGCGUUCCACCCACACGGACGACUCGGCCCUCUUCGUGAGCGAGUACCAGCCUCUCAUGGUGUUUGAGAUAGACACUGACACCAACACUAUAAAGAGGAGGCCUGGCACUCACAAGCAGUCUCUUUCUGGGUCUGGGAUGUCCAUAGAUGGGUGUCCCUCUUAUCCUGCCGACAUCGUCCCCACGUGUCUACUGCAGCAGGGCGAGGAUCGCUCCUCCUCCCUGUCUCCUACAGCCCUCCAAUCACCUUCUUACCCCGGCCCUGUUGCCCCGCCCUCCUGCCGGGGGCCCGCCCAGCGGCCAGAAAGCUUCUUGUUUCGCCUCAGCCAGAAGGAAGAGCAGAGGAGAGGUGAUGGUGCCUCCCCCAGGCCGGAGCCUGAAGAGGUGACCCCUUCCCAGCCUCAAGGCCCUGUGGGAGAGGAGGCUGCUCUGGUGGAGCAACUGCGGAAGAACAUCGAGUCGCGUCUGAAAGUGUCCUUGCCCAGCGACCUCGGAGCAGCACUGACAGACGGGGUCGUGCUCUGCCAUCUAGCCAAUCACAUGUGGCCACGAUCCGUACCCAGCAUCCAUGUGCCCUCCCCUGCUGUGCCCAAACUGACCAUGGCCAAGUGUCGGCGGAACGUGGAGAACUUUCUGGAGGCGUGUCGCAGGAUCGGGGUUCCACAGGAGAGGCUGUGCACAGUGGAGGAGGUUCUGGCUGGCCGGGGAGGCUGUGUUUACGGGAUGCUGGGGGUCCUGCUCUCCAUGGCUCCUCCCCGCCUCCUAAUGCGUUCUCCCCCGGCCCAGCUGGCAGGCUUCGCCCUGUUCUAUCUGUCCAUCAUGUCUGUGUUGUGUGCCCUGUACUGCCACCUGGUGCCCCACCUCUGAACUGUCUGUCUGGACCACACAACCCCUUCCUCACCUUCCUCGUCCCACAACGAACUGACUCUCUACUACUCGUGCACGCACGCUCGCACACACACACACACACACAGUUGUUUGUUGGGGAAGGUUACUUGCGUCCCAACAAGGAGUGGCGAGGUGGACCUUCAAUGCUCCCUCGUUACCCUUCUGUCAUGUACUAGAACUGCCCCCCAUUGAGAGAGACAGCGAGACCCUGGAGGUUGCUGUGUUGUCUGUGUCACUGAACUGUCCACUACUGUACCUACCUACUGAACCUCCUCCUGUGCCUUAAGUUUGUCUGCCUGCCUAUGUGUGUGCGUGUGUGUUUUUAGAUGGAACCUUCCCACCCGAAAGCACUUCCAUUGCACUGAUAACAUCAAUCAAGUCAGAGUGCUUGUCAUAUGUAGCCCACGUGCUUCCUCCCUCCUCCUGCCCCUGAGAAGAACCAACCACAAGUAAUCUGACCAAUCAACGCCAAGCGCUUCUCUUCUCUCCUGACUCGAACACAGCUUAGCCUUAGCUGCAAAAUCAGUCUGAAGUUUAUGCCUAAUCAAAAAGAGAGCAUGUCGUCGAGGGUCAUUUUCUAAGCCUUUGAGUCCUUGCUGACGCACAAUCAAGUAUCCUACAGGAACCUUUUUCUCCUUGACUGUCUGUGAUCCAGCCCCCCCUCAGUCCUAAUGCUCAUUUUGUGGCGCCGGGAUGACGUUUCCCCCUAGGUACAGAUCUAGGAUCAGCUUCCCCUCCCCAAUCCUAACCUUAACUGAAACGCUCAAAUCAACCUACAUUUUAUAUGUCGACGUUAUGUAACCUUGUUGAACGUGACGUUAUGAAAAUGCUUUUAAAACAUAAUAUUAUCCAUUUUUCGAGCGCCUUGCACAAGCUUAGAGAGAUGUGGCCACAGCCAUAUUGAAAUACAGUAAUGAGAAUGGUAAUGGCUGCACGCCUAUUGUACACGCACUUGACUUUUUCCAAAUUUUGUUGUUACAAAGUGGCAUUAAAAUGGAUUUCAUUGUCCUUUUUUGUCUACGAUCUACACAAAAUACUCUGUCAAAGGGGUGAUUUUUUUUUUUUACCCUAAUAUCUUGAUUUAGAUACGUAUUCAAUACAUGAGUCCAAUACAUGUUAGAAUCACCUUUGGCAGUGAUUACAGCUGUGAGCUCUGUCAAAUUGGUUGU